AUGUAUCGAAAAAUUCGAGGAUGCACUGUUGGGACGCAGGCUUCACAGCCCAAGCAGAGGAUCAAAAAGGGCGCCCUUGCUCUGUCUAAAACUCUGCCAUCUCUUUCUGUGGUCUGCCCAAGGCACCUUCAUCCUGGUAGAAAGCCCUUUACGGUGCCCCAACGUGUCACCCCGAUCCAGCCUGGUAAAACACACCACCAUGCAUGCAGCCGGCAGCAGCAUGAGCAGCACUUACCGGGGGGUCACCCAACACCGCCGGAGGUCGAGGGGGCGGCGGCAGCAGCAACUCGCGGUGCCCGUCCUCGCCGGCGUGAUGUAAUGCUGCGACUGGGACUGGGCCCUAUGCUGGCGGUGAUGCUGGCAGGCAGCGGGUGGGACAUAUGGGACGGUACGGCAGUACGGCAGUACGGCGGGAUGCGGGCAUGGGCUGCGGAGGGCAUCACGACGGUGUUCGUGGCGGGUUCCACGGGCAGGACGGGCCGGCGGGUGGUGGAGCAGCUGCGGAGGGCGGGGUUCCUGGUGCGGGCUGGAGUGAGGUCCCCCGAGAAGGCCCUGGCACUUGGUUUCGGAGCGGAUCGGGGAAUCACAAUUGUGGAGGCUGACGUCACCAAGGGGGGAACCAUCAACCUCGUGAAUGCGGCGCUCGGCUCCGGAGUGAACAAGUUCGUACUCGUAUCAAGUCUGUUGACAAACGCCGCGGCGGUUGGCCAAGCAACCAACCUCAACUACCUCUUCCUCAACCUCUUCGGCGGAGUCCUAAUACAAAAACUCAAGGAUGAGAGACCUGAACCCGCAGCCAGGGAAAAAGCAGCUGAGAAGUACCUCCGCGCCAGCGGUCUUAACUACACCAUCAUCAGGCGACUUCACUCGUUCGUGGUUCGUCUUCCCCUCCCCCCUAACCUCAGGCCCUGGGCUUACCCUGGUCACCUUGCCAGACCGGGGGGCCUGUCCGACCAGCCAGAGGCCGCAGUGGGCAACCUGAUCCUGGCCCCGGAGGACACCCUGUUCGCGGGGGAGGGCGACCCGGGGAGGGUCAUAUCACGGGACACGGUCGCGGAGGUGGCGGUGCAGGCCAUUCGCCAGCCGGGGGCUAGUAGAGACCUGGUGCUGGAGGCAGUGGCCAGUCCGACAGCGCCAAGGAUCGAACCGGAGACGUGGUUUUCAAUAAGGGCCGUGCAUGGGCUGCCGGCAGGGGUUAUUACAGGGCGUGAUGAUCGCAAGGGUUUGUUUGACGUGAUGGCGGACGUGAUGGGUGUGCCAAAUCAGGCGGAGCGGAAUGAGGGCUCACAAAGGGGAGGGGCGAAGGGAGGCUGCGUACUCCACAGCGACAUCGAAUGAUAUCCAUGCGAACCAGAGUGGAACCUGUAGCACGCCUAGUAGCAGUAGUAAAACGCCUGCUUCAUACCUACUUCACUAAUGCUACAUCUUCCACCGCUACUGCUGCUACUACAGCCAUCUCCCUUCAGGUCAGUGGCGACGAUGGCCAGCGGCUCGUGUUCCGCGCUACGCCCUACCUACAUCCCCCCUUCCCUCAGCGGGGGGGGAAGCAAAUGCCCCCCCGGGAAAACAGACGCAUACACAUACACACACGUCCAAACAGACGAAGACCCUUCAUUCCCCAGCCCCCCGACACACACUUACACCGAUACAUGCGUACUAAGCUUUACUUUUUAAUGCGCACGCGAUGUUGAGGAGUAUGUGUUUUGCCCUUUCGCCGAUAAGGAGUAAGUCAUUACUCACACAAGUAUAAAAGCGAGCUGCUGGGCAAGCGAGCUCCAGAGGGCAUACAGGCCCGUGGCGUGAGCCUGCGUACGUGAGACAAACGUACACCGACAUGCACGGGAGAUACAUACAUACGCACGUACAUAUUUC